AUGGAACAGAUCAAGCGUGCAAACCGCCUUUAUACUAAUGACUCCAUCUUCCUGAAGAAAACUCUCUACAUCCCCAUCCUGAGAGAGCCCAGAGACCUGUUCAAUGGUUUGGAUUCAGAGGAAGAGAAAGAUGGAGAGGAAGAGGUAGACCCACGUAAGGAUGAAGUUCAGCUACACUCAGCUGAGAGGAAGAAACAAGAGACAGGUUCAGGCCGUGCCAGUGGUGAAGCUCUCCCUAAAGCUGGCCAGGAACCCCCUACUCCCCUCCAUGACCUCUCUGCCUCUGAUUUCCUUAAGAAGCUUGAUUCACAGAUCAGCCUGUCAAAGAAGGCUGCUGCCCAAAAGCUGAGAACAGGGGAAAGCAGGAUACUUGGGGAAGAUGCAGGUCUCCAUCAGAGCUCCCCUCGGAUGCAGCAACGAGCAGUCCUAGGUCCUGUGCCACUGACCCGGACCUCUCGGACCCAGACACUGCGGGACCAGGAGGAUGAAAUCUUCAAACUCUGAUGUUCCCAGAACUGAGAGAAGCAGUAUGUUGAAGAAGCAAUGUGAGGGGGAGAGGAGCCUGAGGUGAGGCUCAAGGACAUGGCUUCCCAGCCUGACUCCCUCGACUCCUGCUGUCUUCUCCAGCCUCCCCGUAGACCAAGAAUUCCUUGGCCUGGGCAUUUUUCUGGCAGGAGUUCGAGAUGGGGCCUAGACCCCUCCCUAGUUCUUGGGCUGAAUCUAGAGUUUUCCUUUAGAUUCAAAAGGUUCUUUUUAUACCCCUGCUACCUUUCCUAUCCCUUUCACUCUUCUCUGGCCUUAGAGCAGAGAAGCAAAGACUCCCUUUCAACUUCUUCCCUAUCUCUACCUGUGUUACCUAAUUUAUUUGGUGCUAUAUUGAAGUAAUAUUUAUUUGCUGUAUCUAACUCUUUCCCACUGUUAGCUGAAAAUGUGAUUUCUAGAGCCCUGGGAUGAGGGGAACCCAGACACAAUUAAGUGGUCCAUCAGCUUCCCCACUGCUUGCCCACGCAUGUUAUCAAGGACAGGGGAAUCGUGGUCUAGUGCUGUCAUGGAGAACAGUGGGCUGUUCCAAGUCUUUUCCCCAGUCUCAAGGUGAAGGAUUUGGGUUCAGUCUGACCAACUAGUUCCCUAUACUUCUAAGAAAAAGCAGCAAUGUAGAGACCUGAAUUCUCCAUUCUUCCAGUUCACCCUUCUGACCUCUCUCUGCUCAGCCUGCAGUGGAGCUAAGGGAUAGAAGAAGCAUUGCCUUGGGGUGUGAGAAGGACAGUUGUGGGAGUCUCUUUGUUACACCCCCUCCCAACUAAAGCCUGUCUGUGUACGCCUUGCCCCUUACUGCAUAUUUAUUUGCAAUUUGUAGCACUGGUUUGUGGUACAGUUUGUUUUUUUGUCUUAAACAGAAGAAGUAGACAAGGGAACCUCAAUAAUACUGGAAAUGGAAAUAUGCCUCAGUCUCAUGUUUCGAAAUAGUGAGAGGUGAGACAAGUGGUGUUUAUAUACCUCCUUUCCUCUGUGAUGAUCCUAAGGUAUAAAAAACUGGAGAGAUUAAACA